ACACAUUCGGAGCAAGCGAAGAAAAGAUGACUUCGACAGCAGCUUUUGCGCUCCAAACGCCAUUUGUUCAACCGAGCAGCUGUGCAAACGUGAUCGCGCCCUACACCACCAGCGUAUUUACAGGUACAACGGUUGUCAUCAACACCUGGGGUCCGGUCACGGCACCAGCAUUCGCUUCUUGCCAACCGACACAAUGGCAGAGCCUCGAUAAUCCAAACGCGCCGCUUUCCUUCAGCCCGGCGGUUUGCCCAUCGCAAUGGACAGCUUAUAAUAUGGCUUUGGCAAACACCGCUGGUGUACCGGCGUCUGCGCAGGAGACGACGGCGUACUGUUGUGCAAGAAACUAUACUCUUGUAUAUUCAUCACCCAAAGCAUUCUGCACACAAGAUGGACCUAUCGUUAGCAGCACAAUGACCGAAACCUGGCACGAUGCCUACACUAUUGCCUGGAAGCAGGCUGAUGUCGCAUCACUGUCUCCGCAACCACCACCCCUCGCCACCGACUGCAGCCUUACCAUAUCGACUUGGGUUCCAGGAAGCACAGCACCGUCUGUUUGCCAGCCUAAAGAAGACAAGAAGAGUGUCAACCUAAAUGGCCUUUGGGCAUUAGUGGCGUUACCUGUUGUUGCCGUGUUGGCUUUUGCGGGCUACUGGAGGUACCGAAUUUCAAGAUUCGGCAGGCAAGAGGACGAUGACAACACAUUACCCGCGUCCUCCUCAAACAACUACUUUACGCCGUGGAAUCGCGGCCGCCGGUCAGGGGCGCGCGAUGUUGACUUACAGUCGGUAUGCUCCACCGUGAGGUCUCAGACAUCGCCAGAGACCUUCCACCACCCUGAGUGGGAGUCGGCGCCACCUUAUGAGCUCAAAAAAGAGGGCAUGACAGACCACAGUUCAGAGGAGGUCAAGCCGCCCGUGUAAACAUUUGCAAAGUCGGGUUAUGUGCUGGUUAUUGGCAGUUUUGGAUAUUUCAUUAGCGUUUUAGCAGGCAAGUCGGGUUUCGGUCGAGGGGAUACGGCGUUUCUCGAUGCUGAUAUGUGCAGCUAUGUAAUUCAUAUUUAAUACCCAUAUGACUCAGUUAUAUUGUUUGUGG